UGGUUGUAUCAUAGAAGCAAGGAUUGAAAAGUUGGGGGAAUGUCUCAGUUCUUUCACCACGAAUCCAUGCGAAUUGCCUCCGGCUCACUGUUUGGCACUGCGUCGGAAGCGCUGCAAGCAAAGAUGAAGAAAGUUAAGAGGAAGGAUCGGGAGUGCCAGGCUUUCUUCAUGAAGGUCGUGAAAAGCCCUUUCUUCCAGGUGCUGAUGAUCAGCACGGUCACCACCAACGCUCUUUUCAUGGUCUUGGGGACGGAUUAUGACAUAAAGUACAGAAUAUUCCAAGUCUUUGAGGUGUCAGAGAUUCUCUUUGUCACCAUCUACACCUGUGAGUUCAUCAUGAAGGUCUAUGUGGAGCCCACCAAAUACUGGAGAGAUGGCUAUAACCUACUGGAUGUGAUCAUCAUCAUCAUUGUCUUGAUACCCUAUGUCCUCCGCAAGAGCAAGGGAAGCCGCUACAGCUUCCUCAACAUUGCUGAUGGUAUCCAGUCCCUGCGGAUCCUCAAAGUUAUCCCUUACAGCAGAGGCAUCAGGACUCUCAUCACCGCUGUGGGGCAGACAGUCUACACUGUGGCGUCUGUGCUGACCCUGCUCUUCGUCCUCAUGUUCAUCUUCGCUAUCCUGGGAUUCUGUCUGUUUGGAGGUCGGGAGAAGGGUGAUCUGAAUAACUGGGGGAACCUGGCUGCAGCUUUCUUUACUCUCUUCAGUUUGGCCACGGUUGAUGGCUGGACAGACCUGCAGGAAGAGCUGGACAAGAGGAAGUUUACUAUAAGCCGGGCAUUUACCAUCAUCUUCAUCUUGCUUGCUUCCUUCAUCUUCCUCAACAUGUUUGUGGGUGUGAUGAUCAUGCAUACAGAGGACUCCAUCAAAAAAUUUGAGCGGGAGUUGACGGCGGAGAGGCACCUGACACUUAUGGAGGAGAGGCAAAUGAUCCUGAGGCGUCAGCAAGAGGAAGUUGGCAGGCUGAUGAACACACAGAAAAGUGGUGGCAAGAGCUUCACCACGCUGGUGGAGGACUUCAGAAAGACCCUGCGGCACACGGACCCUAUGGUCCUGGAUGAUUUUGGCACCAGCCUCCCCUUCAUCGAUAUCUACUUCUCCACUCUGGACAAUCAGGACAACACCAUCAGCAAGCUUCAGGAGCUGUACUAUGAGAUUGUGCACGUGCUGAACCUCAUGCUUGAAGACAUGCCUCAGGAGAAUUCAUCUGAAAGCUCGGCUGUGACAUAUUAGACGUAGUUGGGAGAGCGUGACCUCAAAGGCCGUGAUGGUUCCAUUAAACACGAGC